AUGUGGAGAGAAAUCAGACUCUUGGCUGACUCUAAGCCUGUUGUUGCAUCAAUGGCUGAUGUGGCAGCUAGUGGAGGAUAUUACACGGCAAUGGGAACUGGAAUUAUAGUUGCAGAAAAUCUAACAUUGACUGGUUCAAUUGGAGUUGUGACAGACCUUUUCAGUAGCUAUGGUGAUGAGUUUUGUAUGAGCAGAAACCAACUGGAUAAAAGAGAUAAUGAUUCCACAAGAAAUGCAUGGCCCAAGUCAGGAGUCAUUACUGCAUUACUGCAUGCAAUUGCUGUAAUUCUCACCUUAGACAAGUUUAGAAUGCAGGAUAAGCUACUUAUAUUAGACGGUAAAACUGGAGCAGUGGAUUAUGCCGAUCUUCGAGUUACUCUUGUUGAGCUGGUUAAACCAUCGCCAUCGCUGCCAGAGAUUUUAACUGGCAUAGGAAACUCUCUCGUCGGAGCAGACAGAGUUUUGAAACAACUAUUGGAUGAAUUGGCAGUUUCUGAUGGAAUUCAAGCGCGCAUGGACGGGAUUAUGUUUCAAAAGUUGGAAGGGGCUGAUUAUUCCAGUCCUAUAUUGACGAUGGUGAAAGAUUACCUGGGUUCACUUUGA